AUGGGAGGGGGCAGCGACAAGAACUGGGGGUUUCGAGGCACAAACGACCAGCGGAAGCUUUUGUGGAUCUGCUGCCCCCCCCCCCCCACCCCCCCCCCCCCCCCCCCCCCCCCCCCCCCACCCCCCCCCCCCCCCACGCCCCCCCCCCCCCCCCCCCCCCCCCCCCCCCCCCCCCCCCCCCCCACCCCCCCCCCCCCCCACCCCCCCCCCCCCCCACCCCCCCCCCCCCCCCCCCCACCCCCCCCCCCCCCCACCCCCCCCCCCCCCCACCCCCCCCCCCCCCCACCCCCCCCCCCCCCCACCCCCCCCCCCCCCCACCCCCCCCCCCCCCCACCCCCCCCCCCCCCCACCCCCCCCCCCCCCCACCCCCCCCCCCCCCCACCCCCCCCCCCCCCCACCCCCCCCCCCCCCCACCCCCCCCCCCCCCCACCCCCCCCCCCCCCCACCCCCCCCCCCCCCCACCCCCCCCCCCCCCCACCCCCCCCCCCCCCCACCCCCCCCCCCCCCCACCCCCCCCCCCCCCCACCCCCCCCCCCCCCCACCCCCCCCCCCCCCCACCCCCCCCCCCCCCCACCCCCCCCCCCCCCCACCCCCCCCCCCCCCCACCCCCCCCCCCCCCCACCCCCCCCCCCCCCCACCCCCCCCCCCCCCCACCCCCCCCCCCCCCCACCCCCCCCCCCCCCCACCCCCCCCCCCCCCCACCCCCCCCCCCCCCCACCCCCCCCCCCCCCCACCCCCCCCCCCCCCCACCCCCCCCCCCCCCCACCCCCCCCCCCCCCCACCCCCCCCCCCCCCCACCCCCCCCCCCCCCCACCCCCCCCCCCCCCCACCCCCCCCCCCCCCCACCCCCCCCCCCCCCCACCCCCCCCCCCCCCCACCCCCCCCCCCCCCCACCCCCCCCCCCCCCCACCCCCCCCCCCCCCCACCCCCCCCCCCCCCCACCCCCCCCCCCCCCCACCCCCCCCCCCCCCCACCCCCCCCCCCCCCCACCCCCCCCCCCCCCCACCCCCCCCCCCCCCCACCCCCCCCCCCCCCCACCCCCCCCCCCCCCCACCCCCCCCCCCCCCCACCCCCCCCCCCCCCCACCCCCCCCCCCCCCCACCCCCCCCCCCCCCCACCCCCCCCCCCCCCCACCCCCCCCCCCCCCCACCCCCCCCCCCCCCCACCCCCCCCCCCCCCCACCCCCCCCCCCCCCCACCCCCCCCCCCCCCCACCCCCCCCCCCCCCCACCCCCCCCCCCCCCCACCCCCCGACGACUGGGUGGACCUGCUACCGUUCGCGGAAUACGCUUAUAACAAUGCAGUACACAGCAGUACCAGGAAAUCCCCCUUUGAAGUGGUGUCGGGGCAACUGCCUCAGCCUUUCCCGCUCCUGUCCGAGGCCACGGGGGCACCAGUAGAGCUUCAGGGCUGGGUGAAGUCUAUCCGGGAGGCAUGGGCUCCCAUGCAGAAAGCCCAGGACAAAGCUAAGCAAGAUUAUAAAGCCCAAGCUGAUAAAAAGCAGUGGGGGAUUGUUCUCAGCCUUCAUUCUUUCAUCCGUUCCACAUACUCUCUGCUUUUACUCAGGGGGGUUGGGCAGUGUGCAUUCCGCCUCCCCAAAGGCCUCCCUCACGGGCGCGGGCAGUCCAGGUACGCUCAAUGGAACGCCCGUACCAAGCGUGGUGCGCUGACGUGCCCAGCGUCCACCCACUCAUUCAUACCUUUGGGGAAAUGUGCCCAGGCCACCAAAUACUGUAGCUGCUUGCGGUAA